UACACUGUUCUGAAGACGGCGUUCACGGCGUUAUUCUGGCGUUUUGGUGGCUUUCUCGCUCUUCUCACUUCGCCUGAUACCUGCCCUCUGGCACCCCAUCUUCUUUCCCACCCUUUCAUACAUUAUGUCGUGCUUUAGUUUCCCGUCAAUCCUCUUUCGUGGGCGGAUGAGGGUCAUGACGGUUUGAGAGUUUGCUUCAAUUUUAUAUAUGCUAUCAGCAGAGUUUCGGAGGGCUGUUUACAUACUUCUUGUUCAAAGAGCUCUUGCUGGGUUGACCUUGUCUAUAGUAACUCAGUUUAAAGGAAGUUAUCCUGGCGGUUACGAUUGGGAAAAACGAAUGGGUUAUGCUUCACUUAUGCUUUCUAUCUGGGGGUGGAGAGAGGAAGGGGUCGGUCGAUGGGUACUUUGUUCAACAAGGACGAUGUUGGGCGUGUGGCUGGGUGAAUGGAAUGGUUCGGUUGGGUUUGGCAAGCGGGUGACUGGUCGGUUUGUUUAGUCGAAUAGGUUUGAUAACGAAGCUGCAAUAUACUGUUUGCAAUUUCCCUUUU